AUGCCGAAGUCAAAGAUUGUGCGUUACGUUCCUCAAGGAGAAAGGGUCAUGAAAUAUGGUGAGUUUUAAUAGAUUGAAGAGUUUAAAAAAAGGAAUCAAAAUGAACCGCUGUCGCUCACUCAGGAGUUUUUUUUGCUAGAAAAAAUAUAAAUGAAAGUUUCUUGAACUGAUAGUGAUUUUUGCAGAACGAUGUCUGGAAAAUGUCAGACGCGACUUGAAAAAGCGAAAACUUCGUGAGUUUUUCAUCCGUGCAUUGAAAUAAGAUCGAACUUAUACAAUUUUUUUUAGUGGACUCUCUUCCCAAAACUCGUCGGUCUCGCACCAGUUUGCAUCGCAAGAGUCUCGAACCUCAGCCGCUUCCCUCCAGAGAAUAUGGUUCGUUCAAUUUGACUUGAGUUCCUUCCAUCUGAAUCGGAAGUUUUCGCAAGUUAAUAUACUAGAAAAAACGGGAAUGAUCAAUCAGUUCCUAGUUUUUAAUUGCAAAAAAGAUUUUUCAUGAUUAGAUUUCAGUAAACGUGGUUAUUUUAGUCCCUCCUCUUCAAGACGACGACAAUAUUGAAAGAAGAGCUUGUCAGUACGAAGACUUCAAAUCAUUUCGCGGAACUGUUCCGUCAUCUGGUGAGUGAAAAAGGAAACAUCUUAACGGGAAAAGGGUUUGGAAAAACAGAAAAAAAGGGAAAUUUUUUUCGUAGUUUUCCAAUCUCUACAGAGGCAAUACUUUUUUUGAACUCAUUUUUUUCAAUGAUUAGUGCUCGAGGAAUGAUGAAAGUUUGAGAGAGAAAAAGGUGUUUUCAUUCUCGGCGUUCUAUUUCUUCAGGAAGUCGCAGUAGUCGGUAUCCGGCCAAGUCUAAACCGGGCAAGAAUUAGGAUCAACAAGAUUAAAAAUACAUUCUGUAUAUCGCAUUUAAUUUUUUUUUUCACAAUCAGACAGUUGAAAAAAUAUUGAUUUCUGGUUUUUUUCCAACAAAAACAAUUUCUGCUAUCGGAUUUUUGUGAACAUGUGAAUUUCAGUUCGGUAUGUCCAAGUCGACGACAACGUCGACAAGAAAGAUUACGAAUACGAAGACUUCAAAUUUAGCCAAACAGUCUCGUCGUCAGGUGGUGAGUGAAGUGAACUAACAUAUAAACCGGCAAAAACUAAAUAUUCAAUGAAAAUAACACGAAAAGUACAGAGACACAUAACCAAAAAAAAUUUCUAAUUUCAGGGAAGGUCGAGCAACGAGCAUCAAAGGUCGUUUUUGACUCUGACCGUGCCAUGAGCCAAUAUCCCGAUUAUGUAGAAUUGCAAGCGACUGAGGAAGACUCUGAGCUCUCGGUGGCUGCCUGUCAGUUUUUUUUCUCAAGAAUUUAAUUAGUAUAUGGUUUUCAGAUGAAGACUUUCUUCGCGCACUCAAGUCGAUGAGAGUCUCGACGCGCAAAGAAGGCCGGCCUUCCGACAGAGGUCUCCAGGGCUUGGCGAAUGUUUUCGAAGGUCAGUUUUAAACAAACAUUUUUUGAGACCAAAAAUAAAAAAAUCUAACUUGGAACGGUGGCAAGAUGAAAUUCUCUUAAAUAAAAACUCGGGAGAUUUUCCAAAACUUUCAACCCAUUUUUUCACGGGACUGUAUGAUCAUGAAAAGAAUGAAUAUUUCGGAUGGUUUUUGGAUUCAAUUUUUAGCCGGACCGAAAAAAAACUCAAUGAAUCAAUUUUCAGAUGUCCCGACGGGUUUCUCACCCGAGUCUUACUUGGAAAGGACCUUGCGUCAGAUCAAGCCUCAAAUCGGCAAGAAGAACUACGCUCUUUUCUCGCAACCCCUUGGUCAGUUGUUAUACCACAAGUUUCGGGAAAUGUUUUCGAGUUAUCAUGAACCAACUUUUUAUAUCUGUUUGAAAAACUUUUUCUAUGAACUAAAUGUUUCAGAGGAUCUUGUCAGCUCGGGCGUGCCGCUCUCUGAGCACGCCGGCCUCGGAUCUCUUGCUCCGGCGGUCAGCAGCGACAAGCAACCUCAACGCGCGAAAAGUGAGUUUACUUUUGAUACAAAUGAAUUGAACAGAAGACAAAAUGAAUAAACUGAAUGGAAACUAGAAUAAAGUAAUAAAUCUUUGUGUUUUCAGCCUUUACGGAGCUUCUGAUGUCAACGCAUCCCGGCUACAUAGCAAUCCGUGGGAAAAAAAGUUACCGCCACUCGAAAAAUCCUUUUUCCGCAUGUCAAAUCAUGUAAGUUUUAUUUUAAAUGAAAAAAACUGGACUUUUUCAUGAGAACGUCUUCAGAUAAUAGUCAAAAAAAGUUUAUUAGAAACUAUUUCUGGAUUAGAAGUGACUUUCAAAAAGUCAAGAUAAGUAUAGUUACACUAGAAGAAAAACAUAUGGAAGUUUUUUUGAACAAUAACGUGACAUUUUCAGAUGGUCCAAAUGAAGAUCCAUUCUCCGAAAUUGACCCAGGGUGCCAGCGCAAAGAUUACAGUCGUCUCCUCAAUGGUAAGUAUUCUAAUUUCGAAGAAAUUAAUUGACAGAAAUGGUAAUCAAAAAAACGUGUAAUAUCUUUGGCAGUGAAAAUCGAAAUUUUAGGAAACUUCAUGGAAAAAUUUCUAAAAUUCUGAAAAACGCAUUCAACCGGCUUGUUUUUCUAACUUAUUAGGAAGUUUCUCGUACCAAGUUUAUCUUGGGUAUAAUCCAAACUGGAAAAUAAAACAAUAGGCAAUUUAAGCAUGGAACUUUGUAGAAGCCGACCUCGACAGUGUCGAAUUUGUGUCCAAGCACAAAGCCCCAUCCGUCGCCCAGGACAAGAAGUCCAAACAGUAA